AUGACUUUGACUAUAAAAGCGGCUACAGCAAGUUCCCUGACGGCAACUAUGACUAAAUCGAAUUAUAGAUCCCCUUCAGGUACAAAGAUAUCUAUAUCGAUGGUAACUCGGGCUACUGUAAGGAGAAUACUAGUAGCGAGGUAAGCACAGGAAAAAUUUCUACUCUUCAUACAUGUUUUCUUAAAAGCUGACCUAGGCUUCCUUCUAGCUAUAGCGUUGUUACUCUUAGUAAAUCGACAUCGAAUCGCAAGACAUGUAUGUCCGAUAGUCGUAGAAUCGCGAUCACUCCGUUCCGAAUUGCUCUUGAUUUUCCGCAUUCUUCUGGUGAUGACCUCGGCGGUGAUGCAGAGCUCGAUGACGAUAAUGAACUCGACGAUGAUAUGCCCCCAUGUAAGAGCAAUACUAUAUUACCGGGAGGUUAG